AUGAUCGUCCACCAACAAGUUCUUGCAAUUGUCUGGAUGGAUAACGCACCGGUCACCAUGCUCAGCACCGUCCAUAAUAUCAGCCACGACGACGACUUUGUUGAGCGUAUUCAACGCUGCCCGCGUGGUACCAGCGCCAACGCCAAGAAUGUCCGAGCGGUAUUCCACGGCAACAAUACAGCAACACUAAAAAUUCCCAAACUGAUCGACGACUCCAACUACAACACGAAUGGCGUCGACGUCUGCGACCAGUUAAGAUCGUAUUACAGCACCAAUUGA